AUUUAUUCUCCGGUGGUGGUAGUUCAGAAUGUGGCUCUGAAGAUAUUGACGAUGAUUGUGAUGAAGCAAGUGAUGACAUUGAAGAAUCAAAUUCAACGGAACCACAAGAAAUGAGUAAUGGUGAAUCGUUAUUAGCCAAUAAGAUGGAUGAUAUGUCGGCAUCAGCAAAAAGGAGAGGACCACGAACUACCAUUAAAGCUAAGCAGCUGGAUACGUUGAAAGCAGCAUUUGCUUCAACACCAAAACCAACAAGACAUAUCAGGGAGCAAUUAGCAAAGGAAACUGGUCUUAAUAUGCGAGUAAUACAGGUAUGGUUCCAAAAUCGACGUAGCAAAGAGAGGAGGAUGAAACAGUUACGGUUUGGAGGUUAUAGGCCAAUACGACGUAGUAAAACAUCAACGAGGGAUGAAUUAUGUGUUUCACAGGGUGAUAUUUAUUCGCAUGGUGGUAAUAAUGAUGGAUUUUAUGGUCAAAUACCAUUAUCGUUUUUUUGUGAUAGCUAUGGAACAACGGGUCCGGAUGGAACACAGCUAGCAGCAUUACCGCAUCCGUCCUUCAUUAUGCCAUCGGAAGCACAAACAGUACAUGUUGAUCAAUCUAAUUCCGAUAAUACAUUCCUUGAAGAAAGUUUACGACCUCCACAUAGCUCCCCAAAUAUGCCACUUGCCGCACAAGACGAAACAUAUCGACCGAUACGUGGAUUAUAUCAAUCAUCGGAAAUUAAAUCAGUUGUACCAGGAUGGUGA